UCGUUUAUUAGCCAUUCCCACUCUAAUCUUCACAGGGUGGGCAUGGCUGCAAUGGGAUCUUCACAUUGCAUUUCCCUAGAGAACUUGCCUUCGGUAGUGACUGCGAUUAAAUCACACAACCCCUAGUGAAGCACAUGUAUAUUGCUCCUUGAGUUAGGCCGUUGAAUUUAUCCAAAGACUUACUCGUCGGUACCUGACUGUUGAUGUAUCUCCUGCAUUCUGCCGGAUAUCAACCCUGGUCAGUUUAACGAACCUGCCACGCACCUUCAAAAAACGAUGCAGUAUAUCGAGGUCGUGCAUUCGUGAGGGGAAUGUCUGCUAAAACCCUCGAUUUUGAGGACAGCACCUUCGCGGCUUAAAGUCGUGCUUCCUCGACAGCCCCAACCCCAACAAUUCAGUAUUAUCGCCAUAUCUCUCCUCGUAAUGAUGCGUGUACGGCAGCUUGUACUCACGUUUGCGCUUCUUGUUGUGGGCGAUGCUGCUUCGUCUUUGGACGCGGAUCCAAUCCCAACCUCUCCUGUGUUCUACCCUUCUCCUUGGAGUGCGGGCGGUCCGGAUGGUUGGGAUGCCGCGUAUCAACGUGCACACGAGUUUGUCUCCAAGUUGACUCUUCUGGAGAAGGUCAAUUUGACUACGGGCACUGGCAACCAGGCAAAUUUAUGCACAGGAAACACAGGCAGCAUUCCUCGCUUGGGAUUUCGAGAGCUAUGUCUCCAGGAUGGUCCUGUCGGAAUUAGGUAUACCGACCUAAACUCGGCAUUUCCAGCGGGCAUCAAUGCUGCAGCCACGUGGUCCAGAUCUCUGAUGCGCAAGCGAGGUGAGGCAUUAGGUGCAGAGUUCAGGGACAAGGGAAUUGAUGUUCUGCUGGGUCCGGUUGUUGGCCCUUUAGGCCGUGAUCCUGCUGGUGGUCGCAACUUCGAAGGCUUCGGCCCGGACCCUUACCUGGCCGGCGUUGCUGUUGCAGAGACGGUUAAGGGAACACAGGGUGCAGGUGUUGUUGCGAGUGUAAAGCAUUUCAUAUUGAACGAGCAGGAGCACUUCCGAGGUGGGAUCAGCAGCAAUAUUGAUGAUAAGACUAUGCAUGAGGUGUAUCUCUGGCCGUUUGCCGAUGCAGUUCGUGCUGGCGUCGGAAGCGUCAUGUGCUCAUACAAUAAGAUCAACAAUACGUACGCAUGUGAGAACUCAUAUGUGCUUAACCACCUCCUGAAGGAUGAGCUUGGAUUUCAAGGCUUUGUGGUUUCGGAUUGGGGCGGACAACAUAGCACCGAAGCAAGUGUUUUCGCCGGACUCGAUAUGACGAUGCCUGGCGACGGAGUCCGCAAUUCUACGUAUGGUUCGUACUGGGGUCCCGCCUUGACCGAAGCGGCUCUCUCGCUUGACAUCGCGCAGGUGAGACUAGACGAUAUGGUAGUUCGGAUCAUGGCGGCAUUCUAUAAAGUCGGGAGAGACACGAAGCAGAUCGAUAUCAACUACUCCUCGUGGACGAAUGCGACCUUCGGCCCUCGAUACUGGCAUUCUAAGACUGGCAACACUACAGUAAAUAAGCACGUCGAUGUUCAAGGUGACCAUGCAGAACUUAUCCGAGAAAUUGGUGCCAAAUCGAUCGUGUUAUUGAAGAACGAGAACGGCGCCUUACCCCUGAAGAGACCAAUAAGCCUUGCUAUUAUUGGCGAGGACGCGCAAGACAACCCGGGAGGACCUAAUGCCUGUGUCGAUAGAAUAUGCAAUGUAGGUACACUGGCAAUGGGAUGGGGCUCUGCCACAGCCGAGUUCCCGUACCUAAUAUCCCCGGCAACUGCCAUUGAGAAGCAAGCGCGCACAGACAGAACUCUGUUCUCCAAUAUCAAGACUAACUGGGAUCUUGGUGCUGCUCGUGCCGCUGCGAGUAACUCUUCUACCGCCAUUGUGUUUGUAAAUGCCAACUCCGGCGAAGGAUACCAGACUCUUGACGGCAACUUUGGCGACCGAAAGAAUUUGACGCUCUGGAACGGCGGCGACGAACUCAUUGCAGCUGUGGCAUCAGUCAAUCCCAAUACAAUAGUUGUGAUUCACAGUGUGGGACCCGUGCUUAUUGACGAUGUUAAGACACAUCCGAACGUCACUACAAUUUUAUGGGCUGGACUGCCCGGCCAGGAAUCAGGAAACUCGCUGACCGAUGUUCUAUAUGGGAAGGUCAACCCUCAAGGUCGAAGCCCCUUUACAUGGGGAAAGGCAGCCGGUGACUGGGGCAUCACUACAAUUGUGAACUCAAGCACGCCUACUCCACAGCAGGACUUUACUGAGGGCUCGUUCAUAGACUACCGCUACUUUGACAGCAAGGGUAUCGAGCCCAGCUUCGAGUUUGGAUACGGUCUCAGUUACACUAUCUUCUCAUACACGAACUUGACUGUUAAGAAGCAGGAUAUAGGGCCCUAUAUGCCUGCGAGCGGAUUCACAGCCGCUGGGCCGACUUUUGGGGGGCUUGAUUACGAUCCAGCACAUGCGCUGCUGCCUGAGGGAUUUGAAAAGGUUCCUGGCAUGAUAUAUCCGUGGAUCGCCAGUACGGAGAUCCCUGAUAACACGGGCUCGCCUGACUUCCCCUACGCGGCCCACAAUCGUUCUGCACAGCCCAUUUUACCAGCUGGAGGUGCGCCUGGGGGGAAUCCGGAGCUGUAUAAAGUGGUCUAUAUCAUCGAGGUGGAUGUUACUAAUUCAGGGGAAGUGCCGGGUACUGAUAUUCCUCAGUUGUACCUUUCCCUCGGUGGCCCGAAUGAACCCAAGGUCGUUCUUCGUGGGUUUGAUGAAGUUGAGCUUGAGGCAGGAGAGACCAAGACGGUAACUUUCAAUGUGACGUAUCGAGACUUGAGUAAUUGGGACACGGAGGCACAGGAUUGGAAGGUCACAAGUUAUCCCAAGACUGCUUAUGUCGGAUCAAGUUCGCGGGAUCUGAGACUCCACACGAGUCUCUAGUGGUGGAGUAAGAGGCUUU